AUGGUGGACUCUGAGCGCCUCUCAGCCCCUGGCUGCUGGCGAGCCGGCACCAGCUUCUCUCGCAGCACCAAAAAAGGGAUUUUCCUGUUUGCUGAGAUUGUACUGUGCCUGGUGAUUUUAAUUUGCAUCGCUGCUUUGUCGGCAGCAUACUCGUCCCUGUCUGUGAUUGAGAUGAUCAUUGCUGCUGUCCUAUUUGUCUUCUUCAUGUGUGACCUGCACUCCAAGAUGUCAUUCAUCAGCUGGCCGUGGACUGACUUCCUCAGAGCCCUCAUGGAAGCCAUCCUCUACCCGAUCACCUCCACUGUUGUCCUUGUGGAAGGAAAAGGCAACUCGAAAAUUGCCGCUAGGGUGGGGGGCAUAUUCGCUACAUCGCUCUAUGGCUGUGAUGCCUACCUCACCUUCCCUCGAAAGCAGCAAAGACAUACAGCAGCCCCUACUGACCCCACAGAUGGCCCAUGAUCCUCAGUCACCUGUCUCUGCUACCUGCAAAUAGCUCCUCCAUCCAAAACUUCCUCUUGCCGGGUGUGGUGGUCUGUGCCUUUAAUCCCAGCGCU